CAGCAGUCCGCUGCGCUGGCUGUUGUUCAAACCCCCUCAGAUGUAGAGACCUGCCUGUCCUGUGCGCUCACCGCCAAACAACAGAGACCGCCUGUGAGGGGAACACACCCACCCACAGACACACACGCACACACACUUUUAGGACUCGGAGUUUUGUUUCUAUUUGCAGAACUGUAACUUUCCCCAAAUUGCGCCGGCUUUUGGGGGAAAACUACCAGUAUCGUAAAGUGGAGCUGGAUCUCAUCACUUUCUGCUUGUUGCCGUGGAUGUGAGGCUCUAUUUCAAUCAACAUCAUGGACAGCUGAUUCACCCUAUUUACUGACCCAACAGCUUGUCUACGCCCUGCUUCCUCCUGACUGGUCUUUGAUACUUGUGCCUGUUGAAUGUUCAACUGAAGAAUUACAGCCCCAUCAGUUCCAGUCUGUCAUAUUUCCAUGACAGCACUAGUCUCCCAUUUCUUUCACCUAUUCCAGACAGAGAAGACAGGAAUGGGAUAUGAUUCCAGGUGAUAAGGCGGAGGAAGUCUUCAGCUUAACAAAGAACAUCCAUGAAUAUUUGCCAUGCUACAUGGGAAGGCUCUGAACUCCACCCUACUCUUGCUCUUCAUCCUCAUCAUCUUUGUCACUGCCAAUGGUCGCUCUUACCCCCGUUUUUCCCGUAGUGACUCCGAAUUCCAGCACCUGGUGCUCCACCCGGACCCCUCUGUGGGGACGGUGUAUGUGGGGGCCAGGGAUCACCUCUUCCAGCUGGAUGGAUUGGAUGGACUCCGGCUGGAGCAAGAAGAGACAACCGGUCCCGUGAGUGACAGCAAAGAAUGCCUUCCCCCGGUCACUGAGUCCAACUGUCCCCAGGCCAGGAGAACCAGUAAUCACAACAAAUUACUACUGGUGGAUCCAAAGGCGUUGGAGUUGAUCACCUGCGGCAGCGUCCACCAAGGCACCUGCCAGAAACGCAGCCUGGCAUCGAUCAAGAAAGUUCUCUUCUCCACCGAGAGGCCUGUGGACACGCAGUACGUUGCAGCCAAUGAUCCGUCAGUGUCAACCGUGGGGCUGGUGGUGGGGCCUCGUGGCGGGGAAAAGACUGUGAUGUAUGUGGGAAGGGGCUAUACUGCCAGCCACCCGCCCAUCUCCACCCGCCACCUUUCUUCAGAACCUGUGUUUUCCUAUGAGGAGACAGCGAAACUGGCCGUAGCUGGGCGUCUGUCGGAGUAUGACCACCAUUUUGUGACGGCAUUCACACGCCGCACAUAUGUGUACUUCUUGUUCUACCGCCGUGACAUCAAGUCCGCAUCGAGGGAGUACCGGACCUAUGCUGCCCGAGUGUGCCUGGAUGACACAUCCUACUAUUCCUAUGUGGAAGUUCCUCUUGUCUGUCGAUCACCAUCCUCUCCCUCCAGGACUUACAACCUGCUCCAGGCAGCCCAGGUGGGACAAGGUGCAGGACGGGAGGGCAAGGAUCUGCUGGGAGUCUUCUCCAUCCGCAGCAGCUCCACAAACAACAAUCCCUUGGAUGCCUCAGCUUUGUGCGUUUACCCUCUGGAUGAGCUUGACAGACACAUCGACUCCACCCGUGAUCUCUGCUACACCCAGGAUGGAAGGGUGGAGGGAAGAGGAGAGGUGGCCUACAUAGAGUACGAGGUCAAGUCCAGCUGUGCCAACCUGCCCCUGAAUACCCUUAAGGCAUAUCCCUGUGGCUCUGACCACACCCCAAGUCCAAUGGCAAGCCGGAUGGCUCUGGAAGCUAAAGCCGUGUGGCACACCUCGGCUGCCCUUCUCACUGCUGUUGCUGUCAGUGUCAGAGAGGGACACAGCAUCGCCUUCCUGGGAGACUCCAAAGGGAUUCUUCACAAGGUAUAUCUGGACCAAGAUGGCCAAGUGGAGGUAUAUGCAAACACGACCAUCCAGCCCAACUCGCCCAUUAACAGUGACCUUAUACUGGACCAGAAUGGAGCACACAUCUACAUCAUGACCAAAACUACUGUAGAGAAGCGUCCAGUGGCAGAGUGUGGGGAUCACCUGGACUGUCAGUCUUGUCUGUCUGCCAAGGACCCAUACUGUGGCUGGUGUGUCCUGGAGGGGCGGUGUGGCCAGCGCUGGGAGUGCCAGCGAGGGUCUGUGAAGGGUCAGUGGUUGUGGAGCUUUAACCAGACACAGCAGUGCCUCAGUAUCCAGCACCUCAGCCUCUACAACAUCAGCCGCGGGGAGAAAACUGAUAUCACGGUGUCAGUAGAAGGCCUCCCCGGUCUAGGAGAAGGAGAGGCCUACUCUUGCUUCUUCCAGGACACAGAAACUCCUGCCACACUCACUAACACUGGUGUGAUAUGCCCCACCCCUGAUGCCACAAGUCUGCCUCCCAUUGACCAUGGUGAUGAGUUUGUGAUGGUGAUCCUGUCAUUGCGUUUCCUAAACGUGACGGUAGCAGAGACGGAAUUCACCUUCUACAACUGUAGCUUGGUCCAGCAGCUCUCUGGACGCCGGCCAUGCCAUGGGUGUGUUAGCAGUCCCUGGGGGUGUAACUGGUGUAUUCACCAGCAUGUCUGUACACACAAACACACCUGCAGCCAAGGAGUCACCAUCUACAACCAAAAUUUCAAACCGCCAACACCCACCAUCCCACCACCCACCAGAAAACUGACCCCUUUACCUCCUACUGUCCUGACUGCUACAACAACAACAAAAACAACAACCAUAACAACACAGCCACCACCCACAGAGACACCUACCCCUACCACAACAGCUGUCUCUUCAAUUACCACCACAGUGACUCCACCCACCACCCCUAAUGCUGAAUCCACACCACCCAUUACCCUGGCCGCAACUUCCCCCUUCAUCAGGAUCUUCACCCAGGCCACCACCAUACACACAGAUGUCAGCACCACAGGCGGGUCCCUCUCUGAUGUGGAGGGAGCGACAGAGGGAGAUGUUGGCACUACCAGAGGUUUUUCAGAGGAUGAAAAAAUUGGUGUUGAUUUGAUGAUAGAGACUGAAAUCGUAGAUAUCGCUGACGAAAUUCCCCACACUACAUUACCCAGCAGCACUAGUGGCCAGGUGGACUCUGACCUGAGUCUUUUAGAGCCAUCUGGUGAAGUAGUGGGCUCUUCCUCUGAUAUAAGCUCAACCACCUCCAGCGAAGUUGUCAUUUCAACAGACCUUUCUACCAGUAACCAUAAGGAGGCCAUUCCUCUGGCAGACUCUGAAGAGAAUGACUCACCUCCGUGGUUGAAGGAGUGGGAGAAGCCAGAGAGAGAGGCUGAUGUGUAUGGGGAAACACUCCUACUUCCUACAACAGGUUCAUUUGUUGCAGGCACCAGCGAAAAGUUGCUAAUCUAUACACAAUCACCUGACACAGUUACUGACCCCAACUCUGAAUCUUCAGCAAACUACCAAUCAGAUUCUACGACUGACUCUUAUUUUCUGGAAUGUCCAUGUGUGGAGAAAGUUCAGGAUUCCUCUCUCCUUCCCGUCAAUGUGGAGAGGAAGAUCACUCUGGUGGGACACCACCUAAACCUGUUUCAGGAUGAGAAUUUGGAGUACGAGUGUGUGUUGGACAUCGAGAAUCAGUCAGUGGUGGUGGAUGCUUCUGUGGAGCUGGAUGCCACUCAGCAAUCAGUCUUUUCUAUCACCUGCCAACCACAUCAGUAUGCCUAUUCUGUCUUGAUGGAGGAAUAUGCAGCCAUGAUCAACGUGAGAAGAAAGAACAACUUUCUCAUCGACAGCGCUGAGGAUCUGUAUGUGACUCUGUUCAAUUGUUCAGUUGGACGGUCAGACUGCAGUCGAUGUCGCACUGCUGACCCCAAGUAUGGCUGCGUUUGGUGCGGUGGCACUGCUAGCUCUCGCUGUAUUUACCAGGACUCCUGCACUGAUGAGAUUAAACACAUCUGUCCUGCACCUGUCAUUCACUUUUUGGACCCUGUGUCCGGUCCUGUGGAGGGAGGGACAGUCGUGACUAUUUCAGGCUCUAACCUCGGCCAGAGAGCUGAAGACAUCCAGAACUCAGUCACAGUUGCUGGGGUUCCCUGCAGUGUAAUCCACAGCAGAUAUGAAGUCUCCUCAAGGAUAGUGUGUGAGACUUCAAGCAGUGGAGGAGAGAAGAGCGGCCACGCCUCAGUCAAAGUGAGGGGAGGAGGACUCGGACUGUCAGCUCAGAUCUUUAGCUUCCAGGAUCCCGUACUGAGCAGCAUCUUCCCCCAAAGAGGGCCUAAAGCAGGGGGCUCGUCUCUUACCAUCAGAGGCCGGAGACUGAGGACUGGACACCCGAGUGAAGUCAGCGUCCUAAUUGGAGGAGUGCCAUGUAUUGUGCUAAACAUCCUGGAGGAUCAGAUCAGCUGUCUGACCAGAGGCAGCAACAGAACAGGCGAACACGCCAUCACUGUGCGGUUUGGUGGAGCUGAACGCCAUCUACAGGGUUUGGUGUAUCAUUACACUCCCAACCCCAACAUCACAAUGGCCGCUCCAUCCAAAAGCUUUCUCAGUGGAGGGAGAAUCAUCAGAGUUUCUGGUCAGAACCUGGAUGUGGUCCAAGAGCCAAAAAUGAGGGUCACCCUCAGUCCUCCAGAUACUCUCCCUCCGAGGAAGAGAAGGAGCAUCAGUAGGGGGAAUGAGGGAAGCCUGAGCAGAGGACAGGAUCACCUGGGUCCACUGAGGAGAUGGAGGAGGAUCGUCCCAGAGGCAGACUGCCCCGAGGGUACACUCUGUCAUGUCAAACAGUACGAGUCUCGUUGCACAGUGAACAGCUCGUCCCUCAUUUUAUGUCCGACCCCGGCGGUCGGUCCAGAGGCCAGGAGGGCCAGGGUCAAAGUUCAUUUCCUGCUGGACAGUCUCCAUUUUGACUUCAGCACCGUGGGGAAUGAAGCCUUCAGUUAUGAGCCCAACCCAAAGCUCUACUCACUGAACCAGAAUGACCCCAGCAAACCCUACCACCACAAACCCGGCAGCAUCAUCUCUGUUGAGGGAGAGAACCUGGAUCUCGCCAUCUACAAGCACGAGGUGGAGGCUCGGAUAGGGGAGGGAGUGUGUUCGGUGAAGACCCUGACACACAACCACUUGUACUGUGAGCCACCAGCCCAGCAGCCUUCAGUCACAGCCAUUAAGAAACCGGAUGGCAUGGACAGUCUGCCUGAGUUCACAGUGAAAAUGGGGAACCUGAACUUCUCCCUGGGCAGAGUGCAGUACGACAGCCAGGCCCAGUCCACAUUCCCCCUGGAGGCCCAGGUGGGAGUUGGGGUGGGAGCCUCCAUAGUGGCUCUCAUUGUGCUCAUCAUAGUCCUCAUAUACAGGAGGAAGAGCAAACAGGCCAUGAGGGACUAUAAGAAGGUGCAGAUACAGCUAGAGAACCUGGAGACCAGUGUGCGAGACCGGUGUAAGAAGGAGUUCACAGACCUGAUGACAGAGAUGAUGGACAUGUCCAGUGAUCUGGUGGGUUCAGGGAUUCCCUUCCUGGAUUACCGGGCCUAUGCUGAGCGCAUUUUCUUCCCGGGUCACCAGGAGUCACCACUGAGACGAGAUCUGGAUGUUCCAGAAAGUCGAAGGCAGACUGUGGAGCAAGGGCUGGUUCAGCUGUCUAAUCUGCUCAACAGUAAACUCUUUCUCACAAAGUUUAUUCACACUCUGGAGGUCCAGCGGACAUUUUCCCCAAGGGACCGGGCCUACGUGGCCUCUCUGCUAACUGUAGCCCUGCAUGGUAAACUGGAGUACUUCACAGACAUCCUGAAGACCCUGCUUAAUGAUUUGGUGGAACAGUAUGUGGCCAAGAACCCCAAACUGAUGCUCAGGAGAACUGAAUCAGUGGUUGAGAAGCUCUUGACAAACUGGAUGUCCAUUUGUCUAUUCACCUUUCUGAGGGAAUCAGCAGGGGAGUCGUUCUACAUGCUGUUCAGAGCAAUAAAGCACCAGGUGGACAAGGGACCCGUGGAUGCUGUGACAGGAAAAGCCAAGUACACACUGAACGACAACCGGCUGCUACGAGAGGACGUGGAGUACCGCACCCUGACCCUUAAUGUUGUGAUGUUAAAUGCUGUGGCCAGUGGAGGCACCACUUCCCAGACAGUGCCUGCCAAGGUCCUUGAUUGUGACACCAUCACCCAAGUUAAGGAGAAACUUCUUGAACAAACAUGGAAGGGAACCUCAUUUUCCCAGAGGCCACACAUUGACUCGUUGCACCUCGAGUGGCGUGCAGGCGUUGCAGGUCACCUAAUCCUAUCAGAUGAGGACCUGACAUCAAUAGUGCAAGGCUCAUGGAAGCGCCUUAAUACACUGCAACACUACAAGGUGCCUGAUGGAGCAACGGUCGCCCUGGUCCCCAGGAACACCAAACAUCACCUCCAUGACAGCCAUGACUACAUGCCCGGAGAGAAGACCCCUAUGCUGGAUGAUGGGGAGGAAGGAGGAGUGAGGCUUUGGCAUCUAGUGAAAGCGAGUGAGGAGUCCGAGCUGCCCAAGCACAGGAGAGGCAGUCUGAGGGAGAGGGGCGGAGAGAGAGCCAAGGCUAUCCCCGAGAUCUACCUCACACGACUGCUUUCCAUGAAGGGCACUCUGCAGAAGUUUGUGGAUGAUUUAUUCACUGCGAUCCUCAGCACCAGUCGUCCCGUACCUCUGGCAGUCAAAUACUUUUUCGACUUGUUGGAUGAGCAGGCUCUGCAGCACAACAUCACAGACCCCGAGACCAUCCACAUCUGGAAAACCAACAGUUUACCACUGCGGUUCUGGAUCAAUAUCCUGAAGAACCCACAGUUCAUCUUUGAUGUGCAGACCUCAGACCAUGUGGAUGCUGUGCUGUCUGUCAUUGCCCAGACCUUUAUGGAUUCCUGCACCAUCGCUGACCACAAACUGGGACGGGACUCUCCCAUCAACAAGUUGCUGUAUGCCAGAGACAUCCCGCGCUACAAACAGAUGGUGGAGAGGUACUAUGCAGACAUCCGUCAGACCAUCUCUGCCAGUGACCAGGAGAUGAACUCAGCUCUGGCAGAACUCUCCCGUAAUUAUACUGCUGAAGUCAACUGUCUUGUGGCUUUACAUGAGCUGUACAAGUACAUCAACAAAUACUAUGAUCAGAUUAUCACAGCCCUGGAAGAGGACUCAACAGCCCAGAAGAUGCAGCUUGGCUACAGGCUCCAACAGAUUGCUGCUGCUGUAGAAAACAAAGUCACAGACCUAUGACCCCCAAGGACGAGAUAGAUUCUUCUGUUAACCUUAAAGACAUAGUUGGGAAAAGGUCCUGUCUCCUGGAGAGAAAAAACAACAUUCUUUUCUACACAGAGGACAAAGGAUCAUUGUGGCACAUAAUGUGAUUUUGCUGUCAUUUUGACAGACUGAUAUAAUCUCAAGAGGAUUGCUGACACUGGCCAUGUUUCCUGUCCCAUGUCUGGGACGUAAGACUCCCUAUAAAUUUCCACAGGUCUAACACUGGGAGUUGCUCUGAGGGGGAAAAAAAGGAGAACAUGUGAAAUCAAGCACAUCAAAACAAAGGAACCUCCUCUGAACUUUGAUAUCUUUCGCAAAGGAUUUCCCACUUUGUUUAAUUCAAAUUAAAGGGAGACAUAAUAUGAAAAUAAAUUGUUUUGUUUUUCCUCUGACUCUGUCUUGAUGGACUUGAAGAUUUCUUUGACAAACUGCACAGAACAUUCCUGCAAGUUUACAGCUACAGUUAUUAGCCUUCUGCUGAGGAAUGAAAAACAUAGGCUGGCUGGAUGAAGAAACGGUGAACAUGGAGGAAAAGGGAAAAGGUGGAGUUGAACAUUAACAUGGACAGCCGUGGAGUUUUCUACCACAUUACGUCGAAGUCUUACAUAAGGGACAAACAGAUAAUGACACUGUCAAAGUGCUGUGGAGGCCUAAAUAGCCGUUCAUCGUAUCUGAAGGAUGUUUUUUCAUUCUGCUUUUAGCUUCCUUAAAUCAUUCUUCCAAGUCUUACUCUAUGCGAGUUCAGUUAGCUGUUAUUGGACAGUUUGUAGUUUUGUGUGAACAGUUUCCCAGGACAGGCUUUCUUUUUCAUUUUUUCAGCUUUUCAUUGCCAGUUGUCCUUUAACUGUUAUUUAUAGAUGCUGCCUUAUGUAGUUGGAACUGAAAACCAGUGUUUUGUAAGUGUUGAUUUUAUUAGUACAUACAUGAAUACAUUCAACCUGCUUUCUCAUGUUGACCAACUGCUAUUGUGAAUGUUUCUGUUGAUUAGCUAAUAUUUUGCAAAUGUUUAUACAUUUUUAAACAAUUGUAAAAAUUUGUUUAAUACAUUUGUCCCCAUGACCAUUUAGCAGAGGUUCCUAUAGCUGUUUUAUAAACUGAUCCGUCCUUAUAACAGUACCAUGAAAGUAAAAUCUACACAUAAUAAACCAUAUCUAGACAAAAUUAACACUAUUAUAAUCUAAUCCCAUUUAGUGAAAAGACAUGAUCUUAUUGCUCAUGCAAGCCUGACUUACUAGGAAAUAAGUAAAUUUAUGAAUGAAUGAAUAAAUAAAUAAUAAUAAUAAAUGUGCAAAGGAACUGAAAAAUAUGACAGUUAACAAAUUCUCCAGUUUUUAUUUUAUCCUUUGCUGCCACUUAAAAAAAAUCCUCAAGUAUGGAAAUUAAGGGGAGUCAAGCAACCACCAUAGGUUGUCUUUGAAAAAACAAAAGUGUAAAUCCUGAGGUGACUGUAAAAUAAAUAAUGUGUAAUUAAGUCACUACACAUUU